CAUUCAGACGAGUCGGGGGCGGAGCUUGUCCCCGGCCGCUGAAUUCUAACCGGACGUUAAUUGAGCGGGAAUUUCAAAAGCGAUGGUACUAGUUACAUAGCCCCGCCCCCCGUAGCUGCUCAGCAUUAACCCGUCAGUGGCCGCCUGCUCCCGCUCCACACCGGAGAAGGGGAGAACAGUCCCGUAUUCACUGUGCGGAGAAGAGCGGCUCCAUCGCUGCGCUGGUGUCCAGGGAUAGAGCGCACGAUCCCCCUGCACGCACAGUACACUCAGCGGCGGCAUCACUACCAGCAGAGGGCGGCGCGCAGCGAGGCCCUGAUAGACUGAAUAGAGAUGUUAGCCCCGCCUCUCCGCCCCCCCGGCUCAGCUGAAUGGACGGAUGUGAGCCCUGCCCCUCCUGCUGCUCCGCCCCCCGGCUCAUCUAAAUGGAUGGCUGUGAGCCCUACCCCUCCUGCUGCUCCGCCCUCCAGCUCAGAUGAAUGAAUGGAUGUGAGCCCCUCCCUUAUUUCUGCUUCGCCCCUCCGGCUCUGCUGAAUGGAUGGAUGUGAACCACGCCUCUUCUGUUGCUCCGCCCCCGGCUCAGCUGGAUGGAUGUGAGGCUGCCAAUUGGGAGAAGUGGAGACACCACGUGACCCUCUCCUCCAGUAGAUCGGCGCGCAGUCAGCAGCAGCUCAUUUGCAUGGCCCGUGUAUAAAUACCGCUGCGGAGGGAGGAGGAGAACAGACGAGAUUGUGUCUUCAGUCAGAAUGCCCGAGCCCGCCAAGUCCGCCCCAGCGCCCAAGAAGGGCUCCAAGAAAGCCGUCACCAAGGUCCAGAAGAAGGACGGCAAGAAGCGGAGGAAGAGCAGGAAGGAGAGCUAUGCCAUCUACGUCUACAAGGUGCUGAAGCAGGUGCACCCCGACACCGGCAUCUCCUCCAAGGCCAUGGGCAUCAUGAACUCCUUCGUCAACGACAUCUUCGAGCGCAUCGCAGGGGAAGCCUCCCGCCUGGCUCACUACAACAAGCGCUCCACCAUCACCUCCCGGGAGAUCCAGACCGCCGUGCGCCUGCUGCUGCCCGGAGAGCUGGCCAAGCACGCCGUCUCCGAGGGCACCAAGGCCGUCACCAAGUACACCAGCGCCAAGUGAGCGCCCCCCGCUCUCCGGACCCAAAGGCUCUUCUCAGA